CACAGCUGAUAGCUAAGAAUCAGCCACACUAAGACACAUUGGAAAGAGGCUUCCAAGGCUGCAGAAAAAACCGUUUCGGACGAGAAAUGUUUUACGUGCUGCAAAAGUGAUCUCCCCAAAUAUAUACAGGUAAUUAGUAAACGACACUGAUUCGAUUGGAAAUUAUGGCGCUCAGUGUUGUUGGAGGCUCGCGAACGUGGUGGAAUCUGAUAGUAGCUUUGUCGUUGACAUCUCUCACAACAGCUAACGAAGUACAAUGCCCCUUGCCGUGCCAUUGCGAAAAUGGCGAGGUAGACUGCACUCAAGCUGGUUUGAAGGUAUGGCCAACUAAUUUGCCAGCCAACACAACGACGCUUAUACUUAGUCGCAAUCAGUUAAAACGAAUUCCUGUCGAUGGAUUCUAUCUUUACCCUCGACUCAAAGUGCUAGACGUCAGCAACAAUCAGGUCGAGCAUAUUGAUGGGAAUCUGCAACUGGAUCAUCUAGAAAAACUGGACUUAUCCCACAAUGCCAUUAGAAAUCUCGUGUUCCUACACGGGCUACCUAAAUUACGACAUUUGGAUGCAAGUUACAACCAACUGAAUGAAUUGGAAAAUAAUACGUUCAUUCGCUCUACCAGACUUCACUGGCUACGGAUAGAUAGCAAUCCCAUCAAAACACUGCCAGCGAGUCUAUUUCGUCGUAACGAAAUGAUAGGCUAUCUGUCGCUGUCAAACCUAGAAGUGGAGUCUUUACCACCGAGGCUGCUCGAUCCAAUGACUAGACUUCAACAGCUCGAAGUACGUGAUAACUACCGACUGGAUACGCUACGCGACGAGAUCUUUCAUUAUCUGGGCAACAGUUUACGACACCUAAACCUUGCUAACAAUAGUUUAAGCUCACUCCCACGCUCCCUACGGCAACUGGACGCUCUACGCACUUUAAACUUGGAUGGCAAUCCAUUCCAAUGCGACUGUCAACUCUUUUGGUUCGCGAACUGGCUCGAAAAACGCUCUGCUAUCGUCCCGUCGAAUGGCAUGUUUUGUUUGGAUUCGGGAUUGCCCUUGGUCGAAUCUUUGUGGAAGAUGCACUGCAGUGCUGUCCGCCUUGAGACGUCAACUUUGUUCCAGGAAGGACUCUAUGGACAGCCCGUUGUUUUGACGUGCAACUUCUCUGGCAACCCACAACCCAGCGUGACUUGGGUCACACCCGAUCGCACUGUUCUACGUUGGCCAUCAAAAACUCCUGCAGAGGAAGAGGAAAGUGUGGCUCUUUUAUCACCAAGCCAGCUUCAAAUUAACACUUUGAGUCGUCAUACUGCCGGUGAUUACGCAUGCCACGCUUCGAACGCCCUAUCCAACGUGACGGCUUUCAUGCGCAUUCACAUCACUCCUAAAGGCUUUCGUAGGGUACAAAUUCACAGCAUUAUUGCUGGAUUUACGUGCGUCGGCGUUUUUGUUUUCGUUGCACUUUUGGUUCAAGGAUUCCGCUACCUAAUGGACAGAUUCGGAUGGUGGGAAUGCUGCUAUUGCUGCGGUGAGAGACUCUCGCCACGGGCUAAACAAAUCCGCAACUUACUAGAAGCCAUCGAGCAGUAUAAGAGCCAGCAAUUGGAACGCCUUAGAGAAAAUUACACAGGACAGGUUCAUCGCAUUAGGGAAAACUGUGUCCAGCAAAUGGAACGUAUCCAUCAAGGCUAUGCUGGGCAGGUAAAGUAUCUGCGAGGCGUACGCGUUUACGGUACUCAACAGUUGACAACUAUCCGCGAACAGUACAACGACCAGGCUAAAAAGGUGUACGAUUACACUGUUGACCGACUGCAAACAGUGCAACGCAAUUACGUAUCGCAGAGGUCUAAAGUACGUAAAUUCAGCGCACAUCAACUGAUCCGUCUACGAGAAAAAUAUCAGUUCCAGCAGAAAACCCUCAACAAAAUCAUGGAAAAUUUACCCGCAUUUUACUUGGAUUCGUGCCGCAGUGCUGCCUGUGCACGCACCGAUUCUGUCUACUUUCAAGAUGUUGGAGAAGUAGACGUUAACAUUGACGUAGUAGAAUCCAUCAUUAAGCAAGGCAUCCAACUUGACUUGCCCGAUGACAUUUGCCUGGAAGACGAAAAUCUUAACGGUAUGGGAGAAGAAGAAAUCGAGGCAGCCCCAGAGGAGACAGAAACAGCGGGAGGGAGACCACGAAAACGUUUUGGCCACGGACGACAGGCUAGUGCUGGUAGUCUAGAUCUUAGUUUUCUUUUUGCACCAAUUCGCUUCCCAUCUCUUAACUGGCGACGGCGAAACACGGUUGAUGAAGAAACGAAAAACGACGGUAGCGGAACAGCUCUAGAAGUAGCAGUAGAAAUUUGCCCCGUUCCAGUUGAACAGGAACCUGAAUGUAACAACACCCUACAAACCGGAACUCCAGCUGAAUGUUAAACAUUUCCUCAAACACUAAUUCCCUAUCGAUGUUUCCUUUAUGUGUCUUUCUCAUUUUAACUGCCCCCCAAAUAUGUCCAUAAUGCGAUUUUGGAUGUCUGUGAUCAAGUGGGUCGUGGUAUGAAUAAACGGAUGCAUCCCGC